CGGUCGGGGCCGUGUGUCCGCAGCCCCCGCCCAGGCCCCUCAAGUUCUCGGUCCCGGAGACCUGCGAGCGGCUCAAGGAGGAGUUCCGGCUCCUGCAGGCGCAGUGCCACAGCCUGAAGCUGGAAUGCGAGAAGUUGGUGAGCGAGAAGACGGAGAUGCAGCGGCACUAUAUCAUGUACUACGAGAUGUCCUACGGGCUGAACAUCGAGAUGCACAAGCAGGCAGAGAUUGUCAAGAGGCUGAAUGCCAUCUGCGCGCAGAUCGUACCGCUCCUGACGCAGGAGCACCAGCAGCAGGUCCUGCAGGCAGUGGAGAGGGCCAAGCAGGUGACGAUGGCAGAGCUCAACAGCAUCGUCGGGCAGCAGCAGCUACAGCACCUCUCCCACCACGUCCACCCCGUCGCACUGACACCGCACCCCUCCAGCGUGCAGCUGCCCAGCCUGGCAGGGGCCAGCAGCGCGGCGGGGCUCCUGGCCCUCUCGGGGGCACUGAUGGCACAGUCGCAGCUGGCUGCCAAGGAGGACAGAGUGGCCCAGGAUGGGGAGAGCAGAGAGCACAGCCCCAGCCGAAGCGUUUCGGCGUCCCCUCCGGAGAGCCCCCCCGCCGAGGAGCAGACGGGGGGCACAGGGCUGAAGCGGAAACGGGAGGAGAGGGACCCGGCUGGGCAUUACGAUAGCGAUGGGGACAAGAGCGACUACAACCUGGUGGUGGACGAGGACCCCUGCUCCGAGCCCAGCAGCCCCAGUCGUGCACCCAGCAGCCAGCUCCCGCCAGCCCAGGACAUGCCCAAGAGCCCUGCCUCCGGCGGUGCCUCCGGUGCCUCCAGCCGGAGCGUGACCCCCCUGCGGCUUCGGGACCGGGGGCUGCUGGACCCCCCAGCCUCCACGUCCUCCGUGUCCCCUCCACCCCGCGACACCCUCACGCCUGGCCCGGGGCCUAGCUCGGCUGCGCUCCUCCGGCAGCCUCCAGCCAAGGCGCUGGCCACGGACACCACAGCUCUCCGCAGCCCCCUGAGCCUCUCCAGCCCCUUCACCGCCUCCUUUGGGCUGCUGCCCCAUGCUGCCCUCAAUGGUGAGCUUGCGGCCCCUGGCAUGUACGUGGGCAUCCACCUCCCGCCGCAGGUCAGCGGCGCCGUCAUGUACGGACGCUCGCCGAUGGUGGCUUUCGAGUCGCACCCUCACCUGAGGGCUUCCACGCUCCCAGCGUCGCUCUCCACUGUCCCUGCAGGGAAGCCCGCCUACUCCUUCUACGUCGGCACCGAUGGGCAGAUGCAGCCAGUGCCGUUCCCCCCUGACGCCCUCCUGGGCUCCGGCAUCCCCCGGCACGCGCGGCAGCUCCACACCCUGGCCCACGGCGAGGUGGUCUGCGCCGUCACCAUCAGCAGCUCCACGCAGCAUGUCUACACCGGGGGCAAGGGCUGCGUGAAGGUGUGGGACGUGGGGCAGCCGGGCACCAAGACGGCCGUGGCUCAGCUGGACUGCUUGAACCGUGACAACUACAUCCGCUCCUGCAAGCUGCUCCCCGACGGCCGAAGCCUGAUCGUGGGGGGGGAGGCCAGCACCCUGUCCAUCUGGGACCUGGCGGCCCCCACGCCCCGCAUCAAGGCUGAGCUCACCUCCUCCGCCCCCGCCUGCUACGCCCUGGCCAUCAGCCCCGAUGCCAAAGUCUGCUUCUCCUGCUGCAGCGACGGCAACAUCGUGGUGUGGGACCUGCAGAACCAGACCAUGGUGAGGCAGUUCCAGGGCCACACGGAUGGUGCCAGCUGCAUCGACAUCUCUAACUAUGGCACCAAGCUGUGGACGGGGGGGCUGGACAACACGGUACGGUGCUGGGACCUGCGGGAAGGGCGGCAGCUGCAGCAGCACGACUUCAGCUCCCAGAUCUUCUCCUUGGGGCACUGCCCAACGGGCGAGUGGCUGGCUGUGGGCAUGGAGAGCAGCAACGUGGAGAUCCUGCAUGUGAGCAAGCCCGACAAGUACCAGCUGCACCUCCACGAGAGCUGUGUUCUCGCCCUCAAGUUCGCUGCCUGUGGGAAGUGGUUUGUGAGCACGGGGAAGGACAACCUGCUUAACGCCUGGCGCACACCCUAUGGUGCUAGCAUCUUCCAGUCCAAAGAGUCCUCCUCCGUGCUGAGCUGUGACAUCUCUGUCAAUGACAAAUUCAUUGUCACGGGCUCUGGCGACAAGAAGGCCACGGUGUAUGAGGUGGUGUACUAAGGGCCCAGCUGCUGCUGGCGCUCUGCUCCCUGGGACUGAGCCCCAAAACGGCCCUGCGCCUGGGCAGCCUGGAUGCAGCAUG